UAUGGGGCGGGGGGAGUUGACUUGGGCUGUGCAAUAAUUGAAGGAAGGCUCCGCUGGGUAGGGGAAAGGACCCAGCAGCAGGAACUAAUUCUGCGGGGAUUAGGAAACGCGAGUGAAAAGACGGGAGUAUUGAAAAAGUCACAUAAGUACACGUAACCAACUUUAGUGACUUACCUAUCGUCUGAGAGAAAAGGCUUAAACUUAAGAGACUAACUCUACUAAAGCAUUGCUGGCAUUUUGUAUGUGCUGAAGAUAAAACGGAUACGACAGAAAAAAGAAAAAUUGUGAGAGCAAGUCCGAGGCUUCAUUUAGCAGUCAGGGGGCUUGCUUCAUGAAUUAUGUCCGCCACCACUGUCGACCCUCAGAGGCCAAAAGGACAAGAUAAAGUGCAGAAUGGUUCAUUACAUCAAAAGGACACUAUUCAUGACAACGAUUUUGAGCCAUAUCUUACUGGUCAAUCUAAUCAGAGCAGUAGCUAUCCUUCCAUGACUGAUCCCUAUUUGUCAAGCUAUUAUGCCCCUUCAAUUGGAUUCCCUUAUUCACUUAGUGAAGCACCCUGGUCUACAGGUGGUGAUCCUCCAAUACCAUACCUGACAACAUAUGGACAGUUGAGCAAUGGAGACCACCAUUUUAUGCACGAUGCAGUUUUUGGCCAGCCUGGUGGACUUGGAAGCAAUAUAUAUCAGCACAGGUUUAAUUUUUUCCCAGAAAAUCCAGCUUUUUCCGCAUGGGGAACCAGCGGCUCUCAGGGACAACAAACUCAGAGCUCUGCUUAUGGCAGUAAUUACACUUAUCCGCCAAGUUCCUUGGGUGGUACAUUAGUUGAUGGACAAACAGGCUUUCAUAAUGAUUCCUUAAAUAAAGCACCGGGUAUGAACAGCAUUGAGCAAGGUAUGGUAGGACUUAAGAUUGGUGCUGAUGUGACAGGUUCUGCUGUGAAAGCAGUAGGCUCUGUUAUUAGUAAUCCAGGCAUAAACAGUGUAGUAACAGGAAAUGGUAGUACUACACUUGGCAUAUCUACAGUAAAGCCUACAUCUUGGGCUGCCAUUGCCAGUAAACCAGCCAAGCCACAACCAAAAAUAAAGACCAAAGCUGGGACAUCACUUCCAGGUGGAGCUUUGCCACCACCACCAAUAAAACACAACAUGGACAUAGGUACUUGGGAUAACAAAGUGCCAGUAAGUAAAGGGCCUAUGCCACAGCAUCCUAUCCUUUCACCUCACUCAACUGUCCAGCAAUUACAACAACAAAUGCAAACAGUUUAUACCCAGCCUCCACAGCUGAUUUCCCUACAACAGGACCAGAGUCAAAGCCAGAUUUCACAAUCCCAGAAUCGCUGGGUUGCUCCUCGAAACAGGAAUAUGGGCUAUGGAAGCACUGGUGGUAGUACUGAUAGCAAUACUUCUAGCAGUUCUUCAUCUGGUAAUUCUGGUUCUGGAGGAGAUUCCCACCCUGUACUUGAGAAACUACGAGCAGCGCAUAGUUAUAACCCCAAGGAUUUUGACUGGAAUAUUAAAAAUGCUAGAGUGUUUAUCAUAAAGAGCUACUCUGAGGAUGACAUUCAUCGUUCUAUUAAAUAUUCAAUCUGGUGUAGCACUGAGCAUGGUAAUAAACGCCUGGAUAAUGCAUUUCGUACCAUGAACAACAAAGGUCCCGUUUACCUUUUGUUCAGCGUCAAUGGCAGUGGACAUUUCUGUGGGGUGGCAGAAAUGCGUUCCUCUGUGGACUAUGGCACAAGUGCAGGAGUCUGGUCACAGGACAAGUGGAAAGGCAAAUUUGAUGUCAAAUGGCUUUUUGUCAAGGACGUUCCCAAUAGCCAGCUAAGGCACAUUCGCCUAGAGAAUAAUGAUAACAAACCAGUCACUAACUCUCGAGAUACCCAAGAGGUGCCCUUGGAGAAAGCAAAACAAGUGCUUAAAAUAAUUGCAACCUACAAGCAUACCACAUCAAUCUUUGAUGACUUUUCACACUAUGAAAAAAGGCAGGAGGAGGAAGAGGUAGUUCGUAAGGAACAAGAACAUCGAAGCAAACCAUGCAAGGAUAUAUUAAUGAAUUGAUAUAUGGUUUACAAGCCUUAAUCUGAAGUAACGAAAUUUACGAUAAAGUUGUUUUAUUUUGUUCUUCCUUCCUGUUUUUUAGUGCCGUCAUUUAGCAUUACUGAAGAUUUUUGGCAUUCAGUUUCAUUGUUAACCUUCUUGCAUAGAGAAAUUGUUUCAUAUAUCUGUAAUUCCUGCUCUUCAUGUAUAGAAACUGUUUUCUUUUUGAUAGAAAUGGUCAUCCGAUGAAACAGAGCAGAAUUUGUUAGCUUUCAAUAUUAGAGUUCUGGUGGGGAGGGUGGGAUGAUGAUGGGAGAGGGCAUUAUUUCCUGUGGGGUGAUUUCUGCUGCUGUGAUGCUGAGUGACAAUUUCAGAUAAAGAAUACCUUGUAUUUUAUUGACCAGAUCUAAACAACUUUGUAACCUUUUUCUUUAUAUUGUUGUAGCAUUUAUUGUCAUAAAUUGUUACACUGAAACUAUCCUGUACAAGUGUUUUCAAUCCAGUCUGAAAAAUGUAGCAUUUAAAGCUUUUUAAAAUUUGUCAGCUUUUUAAGUGUUAGAAUGUGCUAUGAAUUUUUUUUUUUUUUUUUUUCAUUAACGCAGUUGUAACCUUUUUUUAAUUGUUUUAACUUUUAUGUCCUGUUGCACCAGUGUCCCUCUCACACUCUUAUACCUGCUGCUAACUUUAGACUACAUUUUUCUGACGUCUGUUUUCUUUUUUCAUUAGUCAAGGCUGUGCUUUAAUGUAGGAUCAUACACGAUGGAUGAAGCCUUAAAUGUGUAACCUGAAAUUAAUGUUACUGAUCUAAAGGGAAGGGAUGACCGCGUUGUUGGUAUGUGUUUUGCUUUAAGGAGAAUGAUAUCUGUACAUCAUUGUGAAAUGAGGGAAUUAUUGAUUUAUAAAAAGUAAUAAUGGCUGCUGACUGGAUUCCUAAAAGCAUGAAACAGUGCUUAUGCCCGUUGCUUUAGUGCUGAAAAUAAUAUGCACGUGUUUGUUAGAGGAUUUUUUGCUUUGUUAGACAGUUGCUAAUUAUCUGUGUCUAAAAUAUUUACACAAGAAACCUCAAUUUAAAUAAAAGAAAAAAGAAAAAACGUAAAUAUAAACUCUCAUUUAGACUUGUAUUUAAACCAUUUCAUUUAUGUCUUAAAAUAUUGCCUGUAAAGUUAAACCAAACAUUGGUUUCUUUUUUUCUUUUUUCCUUUAGGAGAAUACAUGCCUUAAUAAACUUUAUCUAUUUAAAAGUACAA